UGUCUGGCUGCGGACGAGUGACGAUAGUGGGGCCUGAUGUUGGAAGGCCAUCACAUGAGCCACUAUGACCAACCAACUCAGUUACAGUUAUCGUUUCUUCUUACAACCACGUACAUAACAUCAACGAAAAUUGAACCGGUGAAACACCUGUGCAAAUCAAAUAAAUCACUAUCUAUCAACAUUUUUUUUUUAUUUUUUUCAAAUAAAUUGUAACAUUAUUUCUUAUUUCGUGACUUUUAUUUUUUAAUAUAUGAGCAUUUGAUAAAAUAAAUGUGGUGAAAAUAUAUAUGUGUUUAUGAAUUGUGAAGAGCCUGCCUCGCAACAGGUGCUGAAUAUUUUGUGGUCCAAGUUAUUCCCCACCCAAAUAAUACCGGUCCUAUAAAACUCGUUCAAUUUCAUCCACCAACGAAAUUUAAAAAAAAAAUCAUUUUUAUUAUAACAACUUUAAUUUUAUAAAUAUAAUUUUUAUUUUAAACUACUUCGUUAAUUCCAUUUUGAAAUAAAAAAGUAACGUGAUAAUAAGAAAAAUAUUAUAUUUAAUUUAUUUAUUCUUGCUGGAAAAAAAAAAAGAGUAAAUAUAAUAAUUUUCAUUUUAAUUUUAUUAUGUUGAUUUAAUCGUUACUUUUGUUUAAAAAUAAAAACACAAAUAAAUAAUCAGUAACUAAAGCUUCAUGUGCAUACCAUACGAUCACCAAGUCAGAUUUACAAUUAUGCCUCUUAAUGUUUCUCGAGCCGGCAACUCGUAAUUAGAGGCACGUAUAUAUAAGUGAGUGAAAUACCAACAAACUCGUCUUCGCCCCUGUUAACAAAUAAAUAAAAAAAACCAAGGCAAAAAAAAAAAGAUUUUAAAUACAAUAGAAAGAAUGUUUGAAAAAAAAAACCAAUAAAUAUUAGAAAAUAAUAAAAAUCAAAGUUAUGUAAAAUUUUGCAUAAAAACAAAGUAUAAUUAACAGUAUAAAAUUUUAUAUAAAAAAAAAAAGUAAAUAAAAAAUUAUAAACUUGGUGGUAACACCUUAUCGUUGGAAUGUUUUUGCAAAAGGUGUGGAGGCAUGUGUUCCAGGAAGUUCUGAAAGCCUUGAGGCAAUUGCCCACAGUGUAAACCUUCUUCAAUACUUGCAUUUUAAAUUAUCGCAUAAUAAAAAAGUAUAAAAAAAGUACUUGACAAUAUAUUUAAAAAAACAAGGAAUAAAUUAAAUAUCAAUAAAUAGAAAAUUUAUUAAUUUAAUAAAAAUAUAAUAAAAGAAAAAUGUCUGAGACGAGGACAAUGACGUUACCAUCAGCAUUAUCACCGCAAAAUAAUCAUCAUUCAAGUCAGAUUGAUCGUCAGAGAGUGUCAAUUCUGGCCGUUGCUCCCACUUUGUCAUCAGAUACUUCGUCAGAGGCCGGAGCAACGGUAUACAUUGGUGGUAACGCUAUGAAAAUGGAUUCAACAACUUGGCAAUCAACAAUUACAACAACAUCAUUACAAUCAUCAAAUAACACUCAUACACAACAGUCAACUACAAAUUUAAACAAAACAAUUAACGAUCAUAAUCAUCAUAAUUAUCAUCAUCAGCAACAGCAACCAGCUCAUGUUGUUAAAAUUAAAAUAAAUCCAGAAUUAGAAAAAAAUACAAGAGUUAUAUCAACAGUACAUUUGAGUUCAAAUGAAAAUAAUAAUUUAAUAAUAAAUCAAAAUAAUUAUAAUAAUAAAUUUAAUGAUUCAAAUAUUGACAGUUGUGUACGUAUAAGUGUUUUAAAUAAAGUCAAUAAAAAAGAAGAAGAAAAAUUACAACAACAAGUAGAAGAACAAGUGGAAUUAGAAAUUCAAGAAGACGAAGAGGAAGAAGAAGAAAAAGACAUUGAAGAAUCAAGUGAUUCACAAAAUUUAAAUCGUGACGAAAUGAUACAACAGACUGUAACAAAUGAUACAAAUCGUACAUGUUUUUAUUAUGGUACAUUACAAAAUCAAAUAAUGUCAAGUGGACAAUGUUCACCAAGUGAUACACUUGAUAGUGGAACAUGUAGUGAUUUAGAUUGUACAUCACCAUCAUUAUUACUAUUAAAAAAAACAACAACAAUAAAUAAUAAUAAUAGCAUAAAAAUAAAUAAACAUAUUAGAUCUGGUAGUUUAACAAGUAGUGGUGCUGAUAUUGAUAGUGAUGAUAAUGAAAGUAGUGUUAGUAAUGAUUCAUUGAGUAGUCGUGAAUUUACAAAAUUAAAUUGUAUCAAUAUUAUUAAUAACAACAACAAUAAUAAUAAUGAUAUUGAUAAUAAUAUUAUUAUUGAUAAAAUGCUUGAAGCAACUGCUGAUCAACUUGGUCAUGUUACAAUAAAUAUUAAUGAUAAUAAUAAUGAUAAGGAUACAUUUAAUAGUAAUAAUAAAAAUAAUAAUAGUGAUGAUAAUUGUUGUAACGAUAUUAAUGAUGAAAUUUAUAAUAAUAAUAAUAAUAAUAAUAAUAUAGAUGAUAAAAAUAACGAGAUCAUUAAAGAUAAAUAUGACAUAAUUGAUGAUAGUUUAUCAUCUUGCAAUUCACCGUCACAGUCUGUUACAUCUACAUUGUCAAAGUCAUCAUCAACACCUCGCGUGCGUAGUCCUAACCCGUUGGUUAACGGACAACAACAAGUACAACAACAACAACAACAACAAAAUUCAUCACCAGUUGUUAAAGAGUGUACUUAUGAAGAACGUAAACAAGAAAAAUAUAAAAUUGAUCAUGAUAAUGCUAUUGCUGAAAAAUAUAAUAAUUAUAAUCGUGAUAAAAAAUUUUUAUAUGAUGAUGAUAGAUUUUAUAAAUUUCAUAUUAAUGAAUUUGAUAAAAAUAAUAAUGGAGAUUUAAAAAAAUCAAUAAAUGAUUGUGAAAUUGAUGAAUAUUUUGCUGGUUAUAAAAUACUUGAUAAUAAAGAAGCAAUACGUAGUGCAAAAGGAACAGUACGUGGUGUUAAAAAUCGUGUUAGAGCUGGAAUUGCAACGUUUUUACAAAAUCCAUCAUCAAAGAAUUACAAACAAAAAGAUGCUGGAAAAAUUGUCGUUUACACAACGUCAAUGCGAGUUGUUAGAAAAACCGCAAUUGCGUGUGUUAAAAUGAUGGGAAUUCUUGGUACCCACAUGGUUGAUUAUGAAGAAAGAAAUUUAUUUACAAGCAGAGAAUUUCAAACAGAAUUAAAAGAUCGUCUUGGUAGUGAAACAGUUGAAGUACCACAAUUAUUUAUUGAUGGACAAUAUAUUGGGGACGCCGACGCGGUCGAACGGCUCAACGAGUCUGGAGAAUUGCGACCAAUGCUCAAACCUUACAAGUGUCCUGGUAAACGACAAGUAUGUGGAUUUUGUGGUGGUGCUGGUGCAGUACCAUGUAUCGUUUGCAAUGGCAGUAAAAAAUCACCAAAAUGGAAUAAUUUUAUGAACGAAUUUGUAGCAUUACGAUGCAUGAAGUGUGAUGAAGUUGGCUUGAUACGUUGUCAGUACUGUAGUGCCGGUGACCGUAGCUGAAAAUAUCACUAUCAAACUCAAGGGCUCAAUAUAAAAAUUAAAUAAACGAAUAACAAAUAAAUAGUUAAA